AUGACUCUUCUUCAAUUCCUUCGACAAGCUCGUCAGCUUCAUCUUCAAUUCCUUGCCGGCGCAUUAUCCGAACCCCCAGUUUAUGUCCUCGGCAAUACGUCCGCAGACCUGGACUCGAUCAUCUCCGCGAUUGUCUUCUCCUACUGCGCCCACAAUCGCCUCCCAUCGAACGCUCCACGAUCGUACAUCCCCCUGGUCAACCUCGCGAAUGUGCCCUCCGGCCCUGAACUCUACCGACUGCGACCGGAGUUCGUCACGGCGCUAUGGCUCUCAACCAAUUUCCCUCCUCUUCCGUCCGAAGAGCCCUUCGACAACACCUCUCAGUCCGCGAGCAAAUUCUUGAGCGAGCAUCUGGUCACGGUCGCGGAUUUCGCUCAGACUGUGACGGGCCAGCACUCCUCCUCACCCUCCGAGACGCAAAUACAGGCUGACACAGUCAUGGUGGACUGGAACGCCAUGCCGCAGCGCCUCGACAGUGGACCAGGGUACGGCUCGAUCAGCGGACUCGAUGGCGUGACCUUUGGGACGGUGGGUUGCAUUGAUCACCAUGUCGACGAGGGUUUCGUGCCACAAUUGGAAAUCAACUCAGCAGAGUAUCCGUGCGUCAUCGAACCGGGCCCGGGAUCAUGCUCGUCGCUUGUCACGCGUGAGCUGCGGACACGUGGGCUGUGGAGCGGGAGUAACUCGCACCAAGUAUCUGAGGCCGAGUGGGCACAGGUUGCCAAGCUCACGCUGGCUCCUAUCCUGAUCGAUACAUCCAAUUUGACUGCAGAGGGCAAAGUGAAGGAAGUGGACAUUCAAUCCGUGGACUUUCUACGAGACAUGGUUUCCCGCGCGAAUGGUGGGGUCGGCGCUGAAUGGGACAUGGUCGCUUUCUACGAAAAGAUUCACAAGGCGAAAGCUGAAAGUUUGAACUUGUUGACUCCGGCGGAAAUCUUAGACCGCGAUUACAAGGAAUGGGUGGAGAAGACGCAUCGUUCAGGGACAACGAUCAAGCUAGGCUUUUGCUGCUCGGUGAGGCCGCUGCGAUGGAUCAUUCAGAAGGCGGGUGGACCGCAGCAAUUCAUGGAGGUGGUACGCCAAUUCGCGCAAGACCGUGAAAAGGAACUGGACCUGGUGGUUGUCAUGACAUCUUUCUCCUCGUCCAAGGGUGAACAUACUCGGGAGUUGUUCGUCAGUGCGUCGCAGGAGAAGGGCCUUCCUAUUGAUGGUGCGCAGAAUUUUGCCGAGGAAUCUACCUCUCUCGGUCUGACCGAGUGGACUUCUCUUGAUGGGGAGUCGGUAGAUGUGGCUGAUGACGAGAUCCGGAAAGUGCUGAAUGGCACCUCUGGCGGUUGGAGACAGCUGUGGUUGCAAAAGAAUGCCACCGCCAGCAGGAAACGUGUCGCGCCCCUGCUGCGUGAGGCAUUAACUCGGUUGUAG